UCCAAUCACACCACAACGCAUCCUCUGUACAGAUCCAAAUCGCGUAAAAGGAAAAUAAAUGGUAUACGAAACCGGCACGCAAGCGAAGCAAGACGUCCUUAUCACCGUCGAUAACCCUAUGGAGAUUAAAGACAUUCUUUAGCUCAGUAUUCGUAUUUUCCAAUUUGUGUUUGGUGCGUCAUGUGGACACGAGGAGUGUUGUCUAGGAAUAGACCGUGAUUCAAAAUCAUGAUGGCCAAGUGUUUAGUGACAAUUGUAGUGUUAAAUCUUCUCCUGCCAGCAGAAUGUCUAAGAAUUUCCGUAUCUGCAUGGGUUAUGUCGUCUUCGGAACACGAGCACCCACACCUCAUCCCACACACAGACGGCAGACCACACAUGGUACAUCCCUUAUUUCAGAGCAGUGUUAGAAAGAUUUUUUCGGGGGAAAGCUGCCAAUCUGAUGGCCAGCUCGGUACCUGCAACCCAUUGGAAGAUUGUAAGCAUCUGCUGGCCGAAGUCAAGAAGGCUGGCAGCCCUAUGCCUUUGCACAUGAGGAAGAAACUGCAGAAAUUGAACUGUGGAUACCAUUUUGAUGACCCUUUAGUUUGCUGUGUGUCUCCGACAGAUAACAACGCUAAUAGUGGAGAUGAACCAAUGUGGCAUAACGGAGACCCAGAUGUUCCAAGUCGUGGAAAUUCUAAACCAGAUAAAUGGACAAACAAUAAUCCUGACCCAGAGCCUGACCCACUUCAUGGAGAUCCCUUUGAUAAUCCACCACGCGAACAAUAUCCACCAGACGAUAUAAGAAACCAUCCUAAUUAUCACCUCUUACCUACUGAUUGUGGUCUUGUAUAUGAAAACGAUAGAAUAUUGGGCGGAAAACGAACUAGUCUAUUCGAAAUGCCGUGGAUGGUCCUUAUCGAAUAUGAUUCAGCACGAGGCAGAAAGCUAAGUUGUGGUGCCACUUUGAUCUCAGAAUGGUACGUGCUGACUGCAGCUCAUUGUGUCUCGUUCCUGGGGGACAGACUGAAGCUGAGAGGGGUGAUCCUGGGGGAACAUGAUGUCAGACAAGACCCUGACUGCGAGAGAACGAUCAAUGUUACUUCCUGUGCGCCGAGCGUGCAAAAUGUUGCAAUAGAUGAAGUGGUAGCUCACUCUGGGUACACACGCCAAACGCUCCACGAUGAUAUCGGGCUGAUAAGACUGGCUGAACCGGCUAAUUUUAGUUUAGAUAGCAUGAAACCUAUAUGCCUCCCGACGACUCCCGAGCUGCAGAAGCAGGACCUGGUGGGGCAUGCCGGGAUAGUGGCGGGAUGGGGCGCCACGGAGGACGGGCUGCAGUCCCCGGUGCUGCUCAGUGUAGAACUGCCAGUGAUUAGCAAUAAGGAUUGCAUGGCCGCUUAUAAUGGGACCAUUCGCAUAUACGAUGGCCAAAUAUGCGCUGGAGGUCUACCCGACAAAGACUCAUGUGGUGGGGACUCUGGGGGUCCCCUCAUGUAUUAUGGGUCUGUUGGGGGCGUCGGCAACAGGAUGGUGCAACGAGGCAUCGUGUCGUAUGGGUCCAAGCGGUGCGGCAUUGGGGGCUUCCCGGGCGUAUACACCAGAGUUGGAAACUAUAUGAAAUGGAUUUUAGAUCAUAUGAGAGACUGAAUUGUAAAUGUACAUUAAUUAUGUUGUAGAGAAAAUUUCUGUCUAACGGUGUUGAAUUUAACAAAAAUGUGAAAUUCGUGAUUUGGAUGAAAGGCAUUUUUUCAAGUGAAUUUGCUUGUUUUUAGCUAUUUUAUUAAAAGGAAGAAAUUUUCUGAUUAAUAACCGCUACAAUACUCAAUUAAACCUCAUUUCGUUGACUUAAUAUGUUAAAAUACUUAUAUCCCGCGCUUUUAAGUUUCAUCAUAGCAAUCAGAUGUUUUAACAAAAAAAAGUAGUAUAUUGUUUUGAUAUUGAUUCAAAUUCGAAUUCAAAUUUUAUUUUCAUUAUGAUACAUUACGCUUAAAAUUGUUAUAUCUUUUGGUUUUACAACAUUGGUUGACGUUGAAUUAUGGUCAAGUAAUUGUAUUUUAUCAUUGAAGUAUUUUAAUUAAAAUAACUGAACUGCAUUAUACUUAAUAACUGUAAUUGUAAAUUAAAAUAAUCACUGCCUACCUGAUUGGAAUUUGAAUAGCGUUGGGUUUUUUUUUAGAAAUAAGAAACGAGUGAGAUAUUAGUAUACCUAUAUUUCGUCGACUUGGGGGUCUAACGCCAGUUAAAAACCGUUCCGUGCAAAAAAUGUAAGUAAGAUAGUAAGCGCACUUUCUUCUUAUUCAAAGGAUUAUAAAUAAAAUUUCAUUGGUAAUUCAGGUGGCAGUUAUUGGCACCUAGGAUUAUUACUUAAUAAGGUGUCCUUUUUAUAUGUUUAGGAUUGAUCUGAUUUGUGGCCAGUGGCCUCGUAUUCAUUUUGAUACUUAAUUGCUAGUCUUAUGGUAUAAGGAAAAAUA